AUGCUUAAUAAGUAUACAACUUUCUACUUAGUGGUCUUGGUAGCUGUGGUUUCGGCUCGAGCCGAAAACAUCAACUUGUCAAACGCCCUGCAAAACUCCAAUGUGUUGAAGGAUAGCCGUCGUUGGGAUGGGCUUGGCCUAACUGCAACCGUGAAUGACUAUGUUGACUUAACUCUUACAUAUGUUACUCGCUUUAUCGAGUCUCAAGGAUUGGAUCCUAUGCCAUUGCCAGACAUAGAAGAAGGAUUUGAAGUGAGACCUAUAUGGGUAACAUACAGCGCCUUGCUGAGGGUUUAUGAUGGCCGCAUGACGGGGUUGACAAGAGUAUCUCGAUAUGGUGACCAGCAGGUGUCUUAUUUCGCCAAGAUGUUGCGUGUUCGUCUUCAGCUACAGUUCAGCAACCUUGAGAUCAUCUACAGAUAUAUAGUACGAGUCAUGAAUAUUGGGCCUAGUGGCGGUAUCACCGCUUUGCUAGAACGGUUUAACGUAGUUGUUGACGUGCUCAUUGACUUCAAUAAUGAUGAAAUCCACCUUCAAGAGUUCAAGCUUACUGAUGUUGGACGUCUCCGUGUGCAACUCACCGGCAACCCCCUGGUUGACUGGUUGGUUAAUCCCGUUAUCAAUGUCUUCACGAGGAUGUUCAAUGGCCCUAUUAUUAGGGCUGUGCAAACGAAUAUCAGAUCGGCUGUCCAAAGUCAAAUAGAUGUACUUAAUGGCAACUUGCAAGCAAUAAUUGCGAGAUUGGAGUCACACAAUUAA